AUGAAUCACCUUUUAAUUUAAAAAUAAUAUCCAAGUUGGCACAUGAAUCACACCACUAAAAUUAAGAAAUUGCCUGUUACAGUACUUUGUGGUUUUUUAGGGUCAGGAAAGACAACCCUUAUGAACUAUAUUCUUAAAUAGCGCCAUGAUUGCAGAAUAGCUGUCAUCGUUAAUGACAUGGGGGAGAUCAAUGUCGAUUCAAACUUGAUAAAGGAAGGAAAGUUUAGUGUGAAGAAGACUAAGGAAAAACUUGUUGAAAUGUCAAAUGGAUGCAUUUGCUGUACCUUGAGAGAGGAUUUAAUCAAACACAUAUCGAAGAUAGCCAAGUCUGGGUAGUUUGAUUAUAUGUUGAUUGAGAGUACAGGAAUAGCUGAGCCUUUGCCAAUAGCUUAAGCUUUUUAUUUUGAAAAUGAGGAGAUGAGAAAGAAGGGAUAGAUGUUGAAGAAGUUCGCUAGACUUGACACUAUGGUCACUAUGAUUGACGCCUUGAAUUUCUUGGAUCAAUUGUAAUCGGAUAAAUUAGGAGAGGAAAUGAAUGUAGAUAACAAAUAGAUGGAUCAGAUUCCAUUGUCAUAAUUGUUGUUGGAUCAAGUUGAAUUUGCUAAUGUUAUAAUAUUGAACAAAACAGAUCUUGUGAAUUAGGAAAGAAAAGAGUUUAUAUUGAAUCUCCUUAAGAAAUUGAAUCCCAAUGCUAAGAUUAUUGACUCUGUGUAAGGGUAGAUAGAUUUAAAGGAAAUCAUCAACACAAAAUUAUUCAACUUUGAAGAAGCCUCUACAACGGGAAAGUGGAUUACUGAACUAUAGAAGCCAAUCCAUAAAAGUGAGAUUGAGGAAUACGGUAUCUAAUCUUGUGCAUUCAAAUCAAGAAGAGCAUUCCAUCCUGACAGACUAUUUCAACUUAUCGAGAGAAAUAACACAGAAGAACUAUCUUUUUGGAAUAAUAUCAUAAGAUGUAAAGGAUAUAUGUGGAUAGCAAGUUGGGAAAGAUUAAACAUUCACAUACACAAGGCAGGAACCUAGUUGACUUACCAUCCUGGUUCCUUUUGGUGGAUAUCCAUACCCAAGAAGGUUUGGGCUGAUACCAAAGAAGAAGUUGAUGCUAUUUGGGAUGGACUUAAACAGAACUGGCUACCUGAACCUAUAGGGGAUAGAAGAUAAGAGCUUGUGUUCAUAGGAUAGAAUUUACCAAAAUAAGAAAUUCUAGAUGCUUUCGAGAGUUGUUUAUUAAGUGAAGAAGAGAUGGUACAAUUCUUAUAGAAUGGGUGGGAUAAUACUAAUGAUCCAUUCCCAAAAGAUUGGGGGAAAUUGGUGAAAGAAUUUGAGGAUCUGGGAGAAUUAAGGGGAAAUGAAGGAGAAUGGGAAGAUGUGUGGGAUGAAGAGGGAGAAAUGUAAGAAGAACAUUAAGAGGAUGAUGUAUCCAUGUAAAUAGAAGUUUAAUAAUAAUAAUUGGUAGAUUGA